AGAUCGUCAACUUCCGUAUCCCUCAAAGCUCGGGAGGUGCUUAUCAUGGGCCAAAUGCCCUCGUACAAAGAACGACUUGGUCAAAUGGAAACUGUGUUGAGGAGUUCGGUUACCAGUCAGUAUUACGGCGAGCAGGUGAACACUGUUCAUACCCCGUCUGCGGAAGUGUUACGAGAACUCAGUGAUUCUCGUUAUACUGUGUUCGAUGUACUUUCUGCCUUC